UCCCGUCCAGCCCCUGUCUCCUCUCAGGGAGGGGUUUUUCCGAUCUCUAUGCCCGUUUUGUCUAUUUCUGUCUGCCAGGGUAUUCAGCUGUACGGUGAGUACAGGGAGCAGCUGGGAAACUUUGCCCGACGGGAGGCGGCCCGUUUACUGACAGAGAGACAAUGGAGGAGACAGGCAGGGGACAACGCCACCGGCCGCAAAGGCCACGGCCGGCGGCACCAUCAUCACCACCCGACCAGCCUGGAGUCGCAUCACAGCCACGCCUCUUCCACCAAGAAGCCUCGCCCCUACUCCAAAUGCCAAGAUUGUUUUGCUCGUGUGCGGCGGUACAUGGUGACCAAGCUGGGGGAGGACUGGAUAUUCCUGGUUCUUCUGGGGCUGACCAUGGCUCUGGUCAGCUGGAGUAUGGACUAUGCCAGCGCCAAGAGCCUGCAAGCCUAUAAGUGGAUGCAUGGGGAGCUUAAGGGCAAUGUGCCACUCCAGUACCUCGCCUGGGUUAGCUAUCCCAUGAUCCUUGUUAUGUUCGCCUCGCUCUUUUGUCACCUGGUUUCCCCACAGGCCAUCGGUUCUGGUAUUCCUGAGCUGAAAACCAUCCUGAGAGGUGUAGUGCUGAAGGAGUAUCUGACCCUCAAAGCUUUCGUAGCUAAAGUUGUCGGGCUGACUGCUGGUCUGGGCAGUGGGAUGCCAGUGGGCAAAGAGGGUCCGUUUGUCCACAUCGCCAGUAUCUGCGCCGCAGUGCUGAGUCGAUUCAUGUCCAUCUUCUCCGGAGUCUAUGAGAACCCUUAUGGUUACACAGAUAUUCUGACUGUUGGCUGUGCCGUGGGGGUGGGAUGCUGUUUCGGCACUCCACUUGGAGGGGUGUUGUUCAGUAUUGAGGUCACGUCUACCUACUUUGCGGUGAGGAAUUACUGGCGGGGAUAUUUUGCCGCCACAUUCAGCGCCUUUAUAUUCAGGGUGCUCUCUGUUUGGAACAAGGAUGCUGUGACCAUCACAGCUCUCUUUAAAACUAACUUCCGGAUGGAUUUCCCCUUUGACCUGCAGGAGCUGCCCGCAUUCGCAAUAAUAGGGAUCUCUUGUGGCUUCCUCGGUGCGUUCUUCGUCUACCUGAACAGACAGGUGGUUCUCUUCAUGAGGAGGCCGACAGCGCUCACACGCUUCCUAACCAAACAUCGACUGAUCUAUCCAGGUGCAGUGACGCUGAUCAUCGCCACCUUAACGUUUCCUCCUGGGUUCGGACAGUUUAUGGCUGGAGAGCUGAUGCCCAGAGAGUGCAUCAACUCCCUGUUUGAUAAUUUCACCUGGACCAAAAUCUCAGGGCCGACUGCUCCGCCGGGCCUCGGUCGCUCCUCUGCAUGGCUUCAUCCUCACGUCAGCGUCUUUGUCAUCCUCCUCCUCUUCUGCGUCAUGAAGUUCUGGAUGUCAGCAGUUUCCACCACGAUGCCCAUCCCCUCGGGCGCCUUUAUGCCAGUGUUCAUAUUAGGAGCUGCUUUCGGACGCCUCGUAGGCGAGAUCAUGGCGACUCUUUUCCCGAAUGGGAUCCUGUUUGAUGGGAUCGUGUACCGCAUCCUGCCGGGAGGUUACGCCGUCAUUGGUGCAGCAGCGAUGACGGGAGCCGUCACACACACGGUCUCCACCGCAGUAAUCUGCUUCGAGCUGACGGGUCAAAUCUCCCACAUCCUGCCCAUGAUGGUGGCGGUCAUCCUAGCAAACAUGGUGGCCCAGGGUCUGCAGCCUUCUCUCUACGACUCCAUCAUCCAGGUGAAGAAGCUGCCCUACCUGCCUGAGCUGGCCCUCGGGCACAUCAGCAAGUAUAACAUCUUUGUGGAGGACAUCAUGGUGCGAAAAGUGAAUUUCCUGUCUUCUCAAUCCACCUAUCGGGAACUGAACCAUCUGCUAGAGACCACAACUCUGAAAACCAUCCCCCUGGUCGACUUUAAAGAAUCCAUGAUUCUUCUGGGCUCCAUCGAGAGGACGGAGCUUCAAGCCGUCUUCGACUGGUGGCUCUCCCCGGAGAGGAGAGUCUUUGAAAGAGGGCAGAGCUCACCAGGCCAGGGCUCUAAAGUCAGCUGGGAGUCCUUCACCUUCGUGGACGAGGAGGGUGGAGAAGAGGGUGCAGACAAGACUGCUCCAGUUCAGGAAGAAUGUAACGGUCCGAUCCCUUCCCCCAAACCUCAGGAGCCCUCCACCAACCACACAGGCUCAGACAAGCGUAAGCUGCCAUCUGUCAGGAGGACUCUUCAGAGACUCUUCUCCUCCACGUCUCUGUCAGGCCAAGCUGAAACUCAGGAGACCACGCCCCCUCCGCUGACAGACACCAUGUCCCCAGAGGAGAUCAAAGCCUGGGAAGAGGAAGAGCUGGAUAAACCAAUCGAUAUGGAGCAGAUACGGAUAGACCCCUCCCCGUUCCAGCUGGUGGAAAGGACUUCUCUGCACAAGACCCACACUCUGUUCUCUCUGCUGGGUCUCAGUCACGCCUAUGUCACCAGUAUUGGAAAGCUGGUGGGUGUUGUGGCGUUGAAAGAGUUACAGAAAGCUAUAGAGGGCUCGACUCGCAGCGGGGUGAGGCUCCGUCCACCUCUGGCCAGCUUCAGAGACGCCAGCAGGAAAACCAAGAAGCACCAACCUCCCCCAUCCACUCCUUCCUCCCCCACUCGGGACAGAGCCCUGUGGGGAGAGGGGAGCAGGAGAGACGGGGAGCUGGUGAGGAAGGAGUCGUCUUCCAGGGGAGCUCCUGGGUGUGACACUGCUCCCUCCUCCCCCAGCAGUGUGGAGAGCAGCUCUGCCACCACGAGAGGAGCUGACGGUGCUUCACAGGAGCCAGCGUCUCCUUCUACCUCCUCCCCUACAUCCCCUUCACCUCCUGCCUCCCCUGUGUCACCCACCAGCCCUGUCCUCACACUGUCCUCCCUGCAGGAGGACAGGGAGAGCGAGGAGUCAGAUGAGCCCAUAUAGACAAGAGACAAUGAUUUCACUCCUUUUUUCUCCCAAGAGACAGAGCUGCUGUGUGCGGGGAGGAGUCACCUGCACAGACAUUCAGCUCACAGCGAGCAGGACGAGCUUCUGCACACAAAGCUCCUGAAACUUUUAGUACAGGAUUUUUUUUCUACUCUUACGACAGUCUCACUUUUUCACUCAAAAUCUCAGGUGCCUUCCUGUGUCUUCUGAACUGCAGACGGACAAACGUGUUCAGUCCGACAUAUCACAAAUGUCCAUCCGUAUCUUGGAAAUGUUGAAUGUAGCUGUACAUCAUAUAUCAGUGUCUGUUAAUUUCAUUAAGUACCUUUGAUCAAACGUUAACUGACAGCAAUGAAUUGUAUGAUAAUGAAAUAAUAUAUUGAUGAAGACUUAAUUAAUUUGACCUAAUGGGUCAAAGAGAUCAUGCAUUUAAAGUUUACUGAUUGAGGUUAAUUUUAAAUUAUAACUUACAUUUAUCAGAUAUUUGCUGUAUGGUAAAUAUUCAAAUCAUUAUUACCAGUCUGUGAUUUUUAAAAAUAAUAAAUAUUAAAAUUGUCUACUAGUUCAUUUUAGAUAUCAACAUUAAAACUGGCAAUUUAUAGAUAAAACCACAUUCACAUUAAACACUAUGUGACGCACAACGCCUGUGAUUUGAGCUAAAUGCUAAAGUCACUGUAAGUCACAGUAAAUUACACUUUUGCAUGUUAGCAGAAUGAUGGGAAUGUGAAUUUUGAUUUAAAUGGAGCCAGUCCAGUGAUGCACCUGACACAGAUUUAUGGCAAAAAAUAAAUAAAUCUGGCUAAAAUCUGGCAAGUCAGCGUAGUGGCCAAUUAAAUACAUGCAAGCCCACAUUGCUGAUUGAUUACUUUGAAUUGUUGCCAUGGUAUUUUCAAGAAAAUGAG